AUGGCAGUGUUCCUGCCGCAUCUAAUGUCGGCACCCUUGCUUCCUCUUGCGAUCCUCGCUAUCACAGUCCUGGUAUUGUCCACCUUGGCAGCAGCUGAUACCACAGUUCAGGCACGGCAGGAACAGCGCCAAAAGGAAGAGAGCGGAGAGGCCGUUGCCCUUACCAAGACCCAUGCGGUCGGCUUUGGGUUCCUGGCAAGCAUAGGACUCUUGGCUAUGUGGAUGUGGUCCAAUGUUCUAGUGUACAUGAGUCUUCUGACAUUCGGCCUGGGAUCUUUUGUCAGCAUCCAGCAGUGCAUGCCCAACAUCAUGAAGCGACUUGGAUUAGGAAGGGGCCAUCAAUGGCACCACAUGGCUGUCGCUGGACUCCUGGUAGUGUCGUGGUUCUGGCACAGGAACUCUAGAUACUCAUGGAUCUUUCAGGACAUUUUAGGCGGGUUCACGAUCACCUUGAUGCUGAAAGUGCUGAAGGCUCCGUCCAUGUCCUCGCCAACACUCCUGCUCUUGACGGCGUUUGUCUACGACGUCUUCUUCGUCUUCGUGACGCCGUAUUUGACUAAAUCUGGAGAGUCAAUCAUGGAGGCAGCAGCUACAGGAGCUGCCAUGACCGUUAAGGAAACUAUACCCAUGCUCUUCCGCAUCCCCAGUUUCUCGCCAAAUGGAGGGGAAGCCAUGCUUGGAUUCGGCGAUGUGGUCUUGCCAGGGAUCUUGAUCACUUUCUUGAAGGAGUGCGAUGCCAGAUUAGAAGAAGAUCAGUGCUUGGUUGGGCUAGCUACCUCUAUGACUGGGCGGACAGAUCUCUUGUCGAUACCAAAGCCGAUGCCUUCGCCGCUAUACAUCAGCAGGAAAAGCUGGUGGAGUCGUCGUUGGGGCUAUCAUCUGACGGCCGUUUUGGGAUAUGCAUUGGGUCUCGAGGUGACUUUUGUGGCAAUGAUGUGGAGCGGGAAAGGCCAGCCAGCACUAUUAUACCUUGUACCAUGUACAUUGCUGCCAGCGAUACUCCUUGCGUCCAAGCGGCAUGAGCUCUCAUUGCUGUGGCAUGGUUGGGAUGAGCUGGAGAGCGAGACGAUGUUGCUGGACCUGGGCACGGACAUCGAUGCAGAGGAUGAACACGAGGGCGAGAAGAUAACAUCGGUAGUGUCCCAGGACCGAAUGCAGGGCAAAGUCUCUUUGGAGCCCUCAAGUGAGAUACUGAUUUGA